AUGGAAAAUGGCUAUAAGAAGUACAUGAUGCUAAAGAUUAAAAAUGUCAACAUUAACGACUUUGGUUCCUACAAGUGUGUAGCGAAGAAUUCACUAGGCGAAACUGAUGGUGUUAUUAAAUUAGAAGAAAUUCCCGCUCCAACCACUGUAAAAACAACACUGCAUUCACCCACUAGCCUGGCUAAGAAAAAAGGCAAAAACGCAAGUUCCGAAGGAUUGGACAACAGAGUUAUUGGAGACCAACGGCAAGAGAUGCAACCCAGUUCCGAUUAUGGAAUAGAUGACGACUACACAAUUUCCUCGAAUGGUUCUCCAGUAUACCAAGAAGUGUCUGGUUGCAGUAGGAGAUGCUCGAGACUCUUCCUAGCCGUUUUGUUAAUCUUCGUGCUUCGCACGGUAACGAGGUGAAUAAUGAGAUUCGACUUAAUACGCGGAAAAUAAUAGGUACGCUGAUCGCGUGUGCUUUGGAAGCCCGCUAUCGUGUAAAUAAUGUAAAAAGCAUACCAAAAAGUAAAAGAAACUUUUGUAUAUGUGUGUGAGGUGCUUCAAUAAAACCAUGGACGAAAUACCGUUCCGUAUCGUUACCACCGUAGCCCCUAAAAUACUAGUGUGUGAUAUUAAUG